AUGCUUCUGUUUAUAAUUUUACAUCGACCAACUAUCAGAGGCGAACGUAUCGAUUGUUUAUUUCUUGCAAAUAUUUAUAUAAUAUUACUUGUUAUUAGUUGUUUCUUUUUGGAUAUGUAUUUUUAUUAUAUUACUGGAUAUUUAUAUCCUAACAGUUCAUUUGAUAAUCUCUGGUGUCGUACUAAAGGUUAUAUUCUCUAUAUUUGUGGAUAUUCUUUUUUUCAUUCAUUCUCAUUGCAAGCUAUCUAUCGAAUAUGUCGAAUUUUAUAUCCAAUACAAACUAAACGUCAACCGUUUAAUUUAUAUGUUAUUAUUUUUCUUGGUCAAUGGAUAUUUUCUGCUAUCGAACUUUUACCAAGUUUAUUGAUCGGUGAUAUUGAAUAUUUAGAGAAUGAUUUUCAUUGCCAAGUUGCACCGAGUAACAUGCGUAGUUCAUUAACUGUUUGUUUAAUUGGUUUUCUUGCUCCGUUUACUAUCAUAUUAUAUUGCUAUGGGUAUACGAUAUACUAUGUUCGCAAACAUAACUCAACAAUUAUAACGAUUAAACAACGAACAAUUUUGCGUCGUGAUUUGAUUAUUUUGAAACGUAUAAUUCUUCUUCUUACUGUUUUAACAUCAUCUGCUGUACCACAUGUGGCUUUCCCUAUCAUUUACAUUAUGAUUGGAAACCUUCCAAAAUGGUUAGUUUCAUUAGAGUGGGCUUUAACCAUACUUGCACUUCUCUCGAUUUCAUUAGUGAUUCCGCGUAUAUCUCCUCAUUUGAAAAGACUACGUGCUAAAAAACGUUUCUAUAAAGUCAGUAUCACUCAAUCGCAAUCAACUUCUUUCUAA